GCAAACACCUGGAGCACUUGUUUCAAGUCCCAGCCCUGUCAUGGGAACAGUUUCUAUGCUUGUCCCCAUACCAAAAGUCACAAAAUUGGAACUGAUAUUUAAAGAUAUAAUUUAUAUGGCCGGUGACACAGUCAAUGGGAGAGUAAUCUUGGAGUUGAAUGAUCCUUUGUACCUUUAUUCGGUGAAACUGAAGAUAUCAGGCAAAGGAUUUGUGGAGUGGAUUGGGGAAUCCGAUGCGAGUCUAGAAUACAACAGGAAAAUCCACUGCAGUAAUAAAGAAGAUUAUAUUCAUCACACCGUCACAUUGUGGGGAGCAGAUUAUGAUGCGGAAGGAUUGGAACAGGUCCUUCGAGAAGGCACACAUGACUUCCAAUUCAGCUAUAAACUAGACAAUUCUCUUCCAUCCACCUUUACUGGCAAACAUGGCAAGAUCCGUUACUAUGUCCGAGCACUAUGCACAGCCACCAUAGGAACCAUUGCGCAGGUGGAAAAAGAUUUGAAAGUACAGGAAGCAUACAACCUUAACAUUGACCCCAGUAAUAAGCUUCCUAUGUUAUUUUCAGUUGAGAAAGUCAUCUCAUACUGGUGCUGGAAGUCGCCAGGGAUUAACAUAAAUGUCUCGGUGGGCAAGAGAGGAUUCGUCCCAGGUGAUGACAUCAUUAUCACAACUGAAAUAAGCAACCAAACAGGAAGACACCUCCGGCUAAUAACGUACGCCAUUGCUGCUGAGAUCAAGUACAAAGCAUUUGUUCAGGAGGCCUUUUGUGACCACUAUCGGGAGUUAAUUGAGAAAAGCGAUCUGAGGAAGAUGGAAGCAGUAAUUGAGGCACCGCCUAAACAGAGCACGAAAAUUCUUGGAUCCUUACAGCUCCCUAAACCAAUGUUUAUCAGCGACAUGUCAAAAUGUAAGAUUAUAUCAGUGUCAUACCAACUGGAAGUAGCAAUCCCAAUUCCAACGCAUCGAAUCACGGUUAGCACUACAGCUCCCAUUAAGAUUGGAACAACUCUUGUCAACUUCACUCUGUAGAGCUGGACAUUGCAUGGUUUGAAUAUUAGUUAUUGAAUAUUAUUUCAUUGAAUAUUAGGGUUUGUAUUUACUUUAUACGGGAUGCAUACGUCAUGUGUGAAAUAGCGACAGAGACUGCUAAAUACAAGUAAUAAGCUUUUACAUCACGAUUUAAAAUAAAGAUAUUAUUUAAAUUUUCAGUUACAGUUCAUUACGUGAUGGAUGUUGAUGUUAUACAAACAUACAAAAAUGAAACUAAAAGACCAGCUGUCUGUCCAGUCUGCUCGAUGUUACCUGUGAGGCUGGAGCAUAGUGCUCAUUCCUCUUCAUCCCGAGACGCAAUGUUGUGUAUGGGGGGGAAAUCAGGUAUAGAACAGAAUUAAAACAAGGGAUAUAAAUUUUAGAGAAUUCUUUUCCAACCAUUCAUGACCAGGACCUCUCAUAUGUAAUCACUGCUGCAGUCAAAUAGUCUGAUUAAUUCACAGAGACAGACACAGUACGGGUAAUCACUGCACCAACCAGCAAUACUGGAAGUCAACAUGCCAUACAAAAUAAUGCAAUGAUGAAAGAGAAGGAACAGAGAAAGAAAGUCUAAGAGCAAUCCC